AAGGGUUGAACGUGCAUUGUGUAGUGACAUGCGCAGUGUGGGCGUCACGACUUGGUCGAGGCUGACAGUGCGUUAACAUGGCGAUGAAAGCAAUGAAGGGAAUGGUUGGCGGUGCCAUAAACGAUCUUUCAACUGCUGUUGGAGGUUUAAAAAUGGCAGGUGCUCGUGAACAUGCUCUUGCCGUGAGUCGAGACUAUAUUUCUCAGCCACGACUAACAUACCAGACAGUGUCUGGAGUUAAUGGCCCUCUGGUCAUUUUGGAUAAGGUUAAGUUCCCCAAGUAUGCAGAGAUUGUGCAUCUCACCCUCCCUGAUGGGACCAAGAGGAGUGGGCAGGUCCUGGAGGUUACAGGAUCAAAGGCUGUCGUGCAGGUUUUUGAGGGAACCUCUGGUAUUGAUGCUAAGAAGACCAGUUGUGAGUUUACAGGUGACAUCCUGCGCACGCCAGUGUCUGAAGAUAUGCUUGGUCGGGUGUUCAAUGGUUCAGGCAAGCCCAUCGACCGUGGUCCUCCAGUCAUGGCCGAGGACUACUUAGAUAUCAUGGGUCAGCCCAUUAACCCCCAGUGCCGUAUCUAUCCUGAGGAGAUGAUCCAGACGGGCAUCUCUGCCAUUGAUGGCAUGAACAGCAUUGCCCGUGGACAGAAGAUCCCAAUCUUCUCAGCCGCUGGCCUACCCCACAAUGAGAUUGCUGCCCAGAUCUGUCGUCAAGCUGGGCUGGUGAAGAAAUCCAAAGAUGUGAUGGACUACAGUGAUGAUAACUUUGCCAUUGUGUUUGCUGCCAUGGGGGUCAACAUGGAGACUGCAAGAUUUUUCAAGUCUGACUUUGAGGAGAAUGGCUCUAUGGACAACGUUUGUCUCUUCUUGAAUCUGGCUAAUGACCCCACGAUCGAACGCAUCAUCACUCCGCGCCUGGCGCUGACCUCGGCCGAGUUCUUGGCCUACCAGUGUGAGAAGCACGUCCUGGUCAUCCUGACCGACAUGAGCUCUUACGCCGAGGCCCUGCGAGAGGUGUCUGCAGCCAGAGAGGAGGUGCCAGGCAGGAGGGGUUUCCCUGGCUACAUGUACACAGAUCUGGCCACCAUCUACGAGCGAGCCGGACGCGUGGAGGGCCGCAAUGGCUCCAUCACUCAGAUCCCCAUUCUCACCAUGCCAAACGACGAUAUCACGCAUCCCAUCCCUGACUUGACGGGUUACAUCACAGAGGGUCAGAUCUAUGUGGAGAGGCAGCUGCACAACAGACAGAUCUAUCCCCCUAUCAAUGUGCUCCCCUCUCUGUCUCGACUGAUGAAGUCCGCCAUUGGUGAAGGAAUGACGCGCAAAGAUCAUGCUGAUGUGUCUAAUCAGCUGUAUGCCUGUUACGCCAUUGGGAAGGACGUGCAGGCGAUGAAGGCUGUGGUGGGAGAGGAGGCCCUGACUGCUGAUGACUUGCUCUACCUGGAGUUCCUGCAGAAGUUUGAGAAGAACUUCAUUGCCCAGGGGGCCUAUGAGAACCGCACUGUGUAUGAGACGCUGGACAUCGGCUGGCAGCUGAUGAGGAUCUUCCCCAAGGAGAUGCUGAAGAGGAUCCCUCAGGCCACGCUGGCCGAGUUCUACCCUCGCGAGUCCAAGCGUUAACCGUACUCUCCCUUUAGUUCCCAGAGGCCGCUCCUGACCCCCCCACACAAGCACACUCCUCCUCUCUCUCGUCUGACUCACUCCUCCCCAUGUUGUACUGCUUGAGACCUACUGCUCUGUGCUGCUCUUGUGUAAGUGGUUGCUGUCAUCAGUAGUUUGCUCAGAAACCUGUGUGAGUGCUUCUGCUCCUCCCCUUGAGUUUCAUGGUUAAUUAAGGACUGUUGGUUGUGCUUCCUUCACAUGGAGAUAGCUGUGAGCAUAGUGAUGGCUCAGUCCCUCCUGAAUAAUCAACAGGAGCUCAAAGUUAAGACCAGUACCAGUUUAGAACUGACAUCAUUCCUCUGCUGAAUUUGGACCUGUCUGUUACUGCAUAUUGAAUUAGCUACGUAGCAAACAAAAGGUAAAUGCCACAGAAGUACGUCUGAGCCUCAAGAGCAAGUACAAGCAGUUACUGGUGUGGAGGGGACAGAUUGUUAAGUGUAUUAUUAUUUGUAUAUUAUUAUUAUUAUUAAUAAUUAACGUACCUUUCCACAAUUGCCCUGAACUGAAGUGCUGUAACAUGUUUUCAUAGACUAUAAUGUGAAAAACAUGGGUGGAUUGAUAAACUACAUAGUGGUGGAAUUAUUACAUAUAUUUAAGAGCAAAGAUAAAAUGUGAGAAAGCUCAGAUUCAGAAAACAAAGAAGAUCAGGCCUAGUCAGUGUGCACAGAAGAUGAUUUAUUAAUAAAGUUUAUUUUUAUGUUACAUCAAUGUGAAAUGCCUCUGCAUUUUCCAUUAGUUCCAUGAAUGACGUUGUAAUUUGUGUUAUUGUUGUCAUGUUUCCAAGCCUGGCUCCUGUUCUGAUACUUCUCUUUUGGGAUGCACUUCAUUUUGAAGUUUACAGUAGAAUGUCAAUAAGGUGGAGUCCAUUGUUACGCAGAUUUAUUUAUUUUCAAGCGACCAUCAUAUUUUGUUAUUAUAAUAUGUGCCAUAGGAAGGUGGAAAUGUUCUUCCUAACAAAUGUGGUGUGGUAAAGUGUGUACAGCUAUUUUAAGUGAAUCCCAGCUGAUGUCCUUAUUAUUAAGAUUAAUUCUUUUGUCUUUUAUGUGUAUGUGUAAAAAAAACAUUUUUUUUGUCAUUGCAUGCAGAUUAUGUUGCUCACAUUGUUGUAAAGUGUCUUUACUGUCGGUGGAUUAAACUUGAGUCUGACUCAG